GCCACCUUCCGAGAAAGACUGGCGUCAAUGGGACGUGAAGACAUAUCAGACAAUUUAAUUAGCGCUUCCAUCUUCCUGCGGUUCCUUUGUCCGGCCAUACUUUCCCCCAGCCUUUUUGGAAUAACUCAUGAAUACCCGAACGAGCGCGCGGCGCGUAACUUGACGCUGGUGGCGAAGACUCUGCAGACGCUGGCCAACUUCACGCGCUUCCAGGGCAAGGAGGCCUUCAUGGAGUUCCUCAACGACUUCCUCGAGCAGGAGGCGCCCAACAUGAAGGCCUUCCUGAGAGCUAUCUCUGUAAGAUUCAUUCUUAUUUCUCCCAUUUUUCCUUAA